AUGCCAAAUCUUAGAAAUGUGAAUACACCACAACCGCACAGUGGUGGACUUAUCCACCAUCCACAACCUAUAGAUCCAGAAAAUCACAACCUGACUGCCUUCACUGCAAUGAUUGAUGAAGAUAAUAAUAAUAAUAAAUUUGUUAAUUUAACACCAACAUAUAUUCGUGCACCAUCGUUGAAUACACCGUCACCGAAUCUUAGUCGUAGGGUAGCAGUAAAUAACUAUGGUUAUUCUCCACAAACUGCUGUACGUUAUAUUGGACAAGGUGAUAUUCAUUCUUACCCCCAGUAUAUAAUUCGAGUUCAACAUCCACAUGUUGUAUACGACGAUGUAGCUGCAGGAUCACUGAGUCAUAGUCCAAAUGGCAGUAUGCUGGAUGCUUCAGGUAUGCAUGGUCAUCUGACGCAUAUUCAAAGCAUCAAACAAAAUAAUAUGUCACAGCCAAUAAAUUCUAGUUUCUCAAAUCUUGUAAACCUACCUACAGAUCCAAAUGCCCAAAAUCAUUAUAUUUCUCUUCAACCAUCGGGGAAUAGUAAUAAUAAUAACAAUAAUAAUAAUAAUAAACCAGGUGACAAUAAAGCCACAGGAUCCACAACAUGUCCGUCUACUUCCAGUCAAAUAUACACUUAUUCAGGUCAAAUACAAUCAGAUACAUCAGUGAAUCCAAGCAUGCUAGCAUCAUUUGCAACAGGGAAGCUUUCAAAUUCACAACACACCGCUCCAACAACACACAGUACAAAUAGUGAAGAAGGCAUGAAAGCAAUAGAAGAAAAUUCGACAGAAAUUUUAUCCAGAGACAAUAAUAAGUCGGGUAUAAAUCCGACCACGACAACGACAGCGAAUGACAACGCCUCACUUGUAUCUAACAGUAAGGCAUCAGUAUCUAAUACCAAUGUGUUGUACAAUACAAAUUCACAUAAUAAUAAAUCUGAAGGUUAAAUCAGGCGCAUAAAUUGUCAAAAAUUAAAACAAAAAAAUUAACUAUUUUUAUUCUAGUAAAAGAAUGUGUUAUACUUAUCUCCCUCCCUUAUGGUUUUAUUACUAUCACCACUACUGGCAUUACUGAUGAUGAUGCAAUCGAGGCUGUUCAGCCAACUUUUCAAACCCAAACAAUUUAGUCAAUUUUAAUUCCGUAUUUAGUAGACUGUAAAAAGAAAUAUCUUUGGUUUUUUUUAAGCUCUUUUCUAUCAUGAUACAUGUGUCAGUGGUCCGAAAACAAAAUUUCCCGCCUGAGGAAGUACUACAUUUCGAUAGGGUUUUGACCGAUAAACCUGCUAUCUAUCUAUCUAUCUAUCUAUGUGUGAUGAAAUGAGCUAGGAAUGACUAAAUUUUAAAUUGUCAAAUGUUUAAACUUUUGUAUUCCAUAAUUCUUUGUAAUAAUGUAUAAUGGUAACAGUAUUCACCAAGUGCUUAGUUCACUCCUUAUUUAUUGUUAAACUUGUAUUUAGAGAAUAGUGAAUGAAACAUCUUUUAUAAUUCAAUUUUGUGAAAGUCACAAAAUUUGUAUAUUUUUGCUUAAUUUCUAUUAAAUAAAUAAAUCCCCUG